UGUAGAUCAGCUAAGCCAAAAUAUCAUUUGCUUGUUGGUGGCACAUUCAAACUGUGGCUUGCCUGUUUUGUGAACGUGAGAUACCCAGGACUGCAUGUGUUUCCCUUGAUCGUGUAGGUGCUCUGCCGCCUAGGAGUCUCCCCUGGCUGGCAGUUUGUGGAUGUGUUGGGGUUCGAGGAAGACUCCUUGAGUGCCGUGCCAAACCCAGCUUGUGCACUGCUGCUGUUGUUUCCCCUCACUGCUCAGCAUGAAAACUUCAGAAAAAAGCAGAUUGAAGAACUGAAGGGUCAAGAAGUGAGCUCAGAAGUCUACUUUGUAAAGCAGACAGCCAGUAACUCCUGUGGAACAAUUGGCCUUAUCCAUGCAGUAGCUAAUAAUCAAGAUAAAAUACUGUUUGAUGAAGGGUCCGCACUAAAAGAGUUCCUCACUGCAACAGCUGAACUCUCUCCAGACGAGAGGGCAAAACGUCUUGAAAACAACAAGGCCAUUCAAGAAGCCCACAAUGCAGUAGCCCAAGAAGGCCAGUGUCGGGCUGAAGAAGAUAAGGUGAAUUUCCAUUUCAUUCUGUUUGCCAGUGUGGGCGGAUACCUCUAUGAACUGGAUGGAAGAAUGCCAUUCCCUAUAAAGCAUGGAGCUAGUUCAGAUGACACCAUGCUAAAGGCGUCAGCCAAGAUCUGCCGGCAGUUCACUGAACGUGAGCAAGGAGAGGUCCGCUUUUCUGCCGUGGCCCUGUGCAAGGCUGCCUGAAGCUUAGCAAUCAGAAGAGGCCCUUGGCCCAUCGUAGGAAGGAGUUCAAGCCUUUAGUACUUGUGUUUAAAAACUUUGGGAAAAAAAAAAGGCAAAAGCAAAACAGCUGUUCUUGGUCUUGAGUUUAAGGUGUAAUGCAGAUCCUGUUUCCUCUCUCCCCUCCCUGACACAGCUUCAGUGGCGCCUGUCCUAAAGGCUACGUUCAGACGCUGCAGGCGAGAAACGUCAGACGUUGAGACUCCUUAACUGUAAUGUGUUUAAAUGCUUUAUAGGCUUGUCUUUCCCAAGUUUUCUUUCAAGCUGUUGUGACUUCUUGUCAAUCACAAGAAUAAAUUUCUUCUUGCUAUUCCAAAA